AUUUGUUUUCUGGUCUUCCACAUCCUUUUUCCAAAUAUAAACCAGCAGUCAUCCAACAAGAUUAUUAGUAUGUGAUAAAACUUUUACUAUCAGAAUCUCUUUUUCUUUCUCCUCAUUUCACUGGGAUUGAUUUUUACAAAAAGAUGGCUGAUCAAAGGUACGAAAUGAGUCUUGCCUUGAUUGUGUUCGCGGUGAUCUGGGCUGGAGUAAUUGCUCAAGAAAGCAAUGACUGCACAAACGUGUUGGUCAGCAUGUCACCUUGCCUGAACUACUAUGCGGACAGCUCCUCGCCACAACUCUUAGGUUGCUGCAUGCAGCUUAGCACGGUGGUUGAUAAAAAGCCAGAGUGCUUGUGCCAGGUUCUCAAUGGGGGUGACUCCGACCUGGGACUCAACAUUAACAAGACUCAGGCAUCGGCCCUCACUACCGCUUGCAAAGUUCAGACUCCACCUGCUAGCCGCUGCAACGGACGUGGAUCUGCAUCACAAGGAGGUUCCAAUGAUGCAACUUCAACCAAUAUGGCUGCUCCUUUUUCCUUAUUCUUUUUCUUUAUUGUUUCUUAUGCUUCAAUAAUCAACAUCACCUAACUUUGUCUACCUACCGUAGACUUUUCAGUGCAUUGUAUCGACUGUAUUUUGAUUAGCUAAUUUGCUCUGUCAUGAAAGUGGACUAUUACUUUUCAAACAUUUGCUCAUUUCAGCAGUCAGUUUUCCACCAGGGCUGAUUGGCCAUUGUAUUGUAUUUCGUCAAUCACUAUUGGU